AGGGCCAAAGCAGUGCAGCGGCCUCGCUUAUUUGUGUGGUCGUCAGCGUCACGGCAGGCGCCUCCUUCUGGCUUCAUUCAUUCGUUUUUUUCAUUCACGGAGUUAGUGAGGCCUAGCCGAAAGCCAUGGACAGCGCCCUGCCUGCUGCCGGCUUCCUGUAUUGGGUGGGCGCGGGCACCGUGGCCUACCUGGCCCUGCGCAUCUCGUACUGUCUCUUCACGGCCCUUCGCGUCUGGGGCGUGGGUAACGAGGCGGGGGUCGGCCCGGCGCUCGGUGAAUGGGCAGUUGUCACAGGUAGUACUGAUGGAAUUGGAAAAGGAUAUGCAGAAGAGUUAGCGAGGCGUGGGAUGAAGAUUGUCCUUAUCAGCAGAUCACAGGAUAGACUGAACCAGGUUUCCAGUGAAAUAAAUGAAAAAUUCAAAGUGGAGACAAGGACCAUUGCUGUUGACUUUGCAUCAGAAGAUAUUUAUGAUAAAAUUAAAACACGCUUAGCAGGUCUUGAAAUUGGCGUUUUAGUGAACAAUGUGGGAAUGUCAUAUGAGUAUCCUGAAUACUUUUUGGACCUUCCUGACUUGGACAAUACAAUCAAGAAACUGAUAAAUGUUAAUGUUCUUUCUGUUUGUAAGAUGACACAACUGGUGCUGCCCAACAUGGUAGAAAGAUCUAAAGGGGUGAUUCUGAACAUCUCCUCUGCCAGUGGCAUGUAUGCAGUUCCACUACUGACCAUCUACUCGGCAACUAAGGCUUUUGUAGAUUUCUUCUCUCGAUGCCUCCACGAGGAGUACAGGAGCAAGGGCAUCUUUGUGCAGAGUGUUCUACCAUACUACGUAGCCACGAAAUUGGCUAAAAUCCGAAAGCCAACUUUGGAUAAACCCUCUGCAGAGACGUUUGUGAAGUCUGCAAUUAAAACAGUAGGCCUGCAAUCUCAAACCAAUGGAUACCCUAUCCAUUCUCUUAUGGCCUUGGUAAUCUCACUUGUGCCUUCUGGGAUUAAUCUUAAAUUAAUCAUGGAUUUCAACAAGUCUGUGCGGGCUCGCUAUCUGAAGAAAUUCAAGAAGAACUAAGUAUUGACAACUGCACUGAGUAACUUGGCCAGAUGCCCCAGCCUGUGCGUGUUCACUGCAAGGCACUCAUCGAUCUCCAAAAUCCACGCUUGUCGUUUCAACAGUUACUAACAUGGCUAAAUGUUGUCCUAAUUGGGAGGAAAGCAGAAGUUGCUUUUAGGAGUUCCUGACAUAUAUUUUGGAUACUACUAGGAGUUAUUUUGAAGCUUAAUAUAAAUGCUCAUAUCAAAUAGAUAUACAACUAAUAUUACCAAGAGCAGCUUAAUAGGAAGGAACAUGAUUAUAACAAAUCACAGAAUGAUAGAGUCAGACAUAAAAUUCAACACUUUCAUCUGGUCCAAAAUGCCAAUGAUCAUUAUUCUUGUAUUUUCUCUGAAACUUAUAAAAAACAAUGGCCAGGUACUCUUUUUUUUUGUUGUUUUUAACACUUUGAGGGAAUGGAGAUUAAUUGAUUUGCUUAUGGGAGGACACACUAAAUUUACAGAGAUCUCUAUAAGGUUUUCUAAAAGUAUGUUCCAGCUUAUACAUUUCUAUAGAACUGUUCUUUCUCAAAGAUAGCUAAUGACUUAAAAGUGAUUGUGAAGUAUGGAGUUAUUUCUAACACAUGAAACCCACUAAAAUAUGCUUUCUUGUAAUGCAUAUUUCUUCUCAGUUUAAAUGUAUGUAAAUACUGAAAGCUAUAUAUGGUAUGAUUUAGAAAGGUAAAUGGGCCAAAAUGUACAUGGAGACUGGCAGCCGUCUAUGGUGCCACUGAAACCCUGACCCAGGAAAGAGGCCUGCUCAGACCCCCAGCCUUCUUUGUUUCUGCACUGCACCUAUAUUGCUCACCUGUGUGACACAGGCUAUUCCUAAAGUAGUAAUGAUGUCAUGGAAAUGACAUUGUACUUUUUAAAUUGGCACCGCAUAGGUACUGGUAUAAUAAGUUUUAAUAAAAGAUGAUAUAACCAUGGUGUUGAAUGAAAAUAUAUUUCUUUGGCACUUGAAAUUAAAGUCAUAUUUACACUGGUUUAUUAUAAUUUAAGACUGACUUUUGUCCUGCUACAUAACUUGUAUGGGGAAAUCAUCAAGAAACAAUUUAGUACUGUGAAAUAUGUAUGUAGCAUAGAAGGCACAUCUUUACCUAGCCUGUGAUUCCUAGGCUCUGAGUUUUAAGCACAGUAAAUUUGGAAAAAAAAAAAAAUUUUUUUGUUUUAAGUGGGGUGUUUAAGUGGUUUUAGCUUUUAAUUUUGCCAGCCAAGGACAUAAAACAAAAACAGAAAGAAAAAAGAAAAUUACAAUCUGCUAUCAACAUCAUUAUGUAAAAGAAAAGAUAUUUUAGCGCUUAACAAGUAGGAAGAACAUAACUUCAGAAUAAAGCAUAGUCAUUUAAAUUGAAUAAAUUUAGCUUUAUGAAAAACACAUUGUUUGCUCUUUUUUCCUCUUAUUUUGUUGUAGGAAUGGUGACACCACAAUGACCUGGGUAGUAUUUUAUUUGCUUUCACACAUUGGUUGGUUGGUUGUUUGGUUAUGGUGGUUGUUUUUGGUGGAGAGGUGGUAGAGAGAGGAGGAAUUGGCUUGAAAUGAUACAAAAUCCUUUUUCUCUUAUCCUAGUUAGAAAAUAGUUGUAAUUCUGGCAAGGGAACCCCUUAGCAAUUUCAAAACAUCUGAGCUAUGGCUUUGAUUGCUUCAACAUCCAAGUAUCCUCUUGUAUUUGACACUCAAAGAUGAAGAUGGUGACAUGAAAAUGUAAUUUUCCAGCCACAUGAAAAGAAAAAUUAUGCUAAAAGAGAAAACAAUAUAUUCCAAACCUUCAAAAUAGUGAGGUGUAACUUUUAGACUUAAUUUUAUGUUGGCUUGAUUCUAUGUUCCGAAGUGUGCUAGAUAAGAUUUGAACCCAAAGAGAGUAGAGUAGAAGGUAGUAUUAAUUAUAUAUGUAGAGUUAGCUUACCUAAUAGCAUAGAAAGUUAAAUUUUAAUUAUUGUUCUUUCAUUGUCCUUUUGGUCAAAUAGGCAUGGAGAGAACAUUAGAAGAAUUGUCCUUCACACAUAAUGAUUUGUACCUAUUAUGGAUUGAAUUUUGUCCCCCCAAAGUUUAUUGUGCUGGAGGCUUGGUCCCCACUGUGACAGAGUUAAGAGGGAGGGAAAUCCUAUUACAGUAAUUGAAAGGCAGGGCCUUGAAGAGGUGAUUGGACUAUAGGACCAUGCCAUAGUGAAUGUAUUAAUAAUGGUGGUCAGGGGCAUUGUUCUGAGUGCUUUAAAAGGAGAACAUGUGAGAGUCUCUCUCUCUCUGCUCUGCCAUUUCUGUCAUGUAAGACCCCUGCGUCACUGUUGCCACCACCAAGGACUUCACCAGAUGUGUUCCCUGGACUUUGGACUUCCCAGCCUCUGAAACUAUAAGCAAUAAGUUUUGUUUUCUUUAUAAAUUACCCAGUUUCAGGUAUUUAUGUUAUAAGCAACAGAAACGGGCUAAGACAGUACCAUUCUGAUUUGCCCUUGUGCUGGCCCCACAUGCACUUGGAAUAAAUAAAUAACUUCUAAAGAUAAUGUUGUUGGUCUCCAUUUCCUCAAAUUGUCCUGCCCUAAAGAGAUGAAUUCUGAGUUCUCAUGUGAUACUUACAGCAUCGAAAUACACUAGAACUGAACUUUAUAUAGGUGAACAUCAAUGCCAAUACCAAUGUCAAUAGUGCUGACUUAGUGUGGAAGAGGAGAUUUAUGAAUACCUUAUGGGAAUGAAAUAAGCUUAAGUAGUACAAUUUCUUAGCUCUGUUGAUACCAAAAAUUACCUGAGACCGGCGGUUGUGCAUUCCACUGCUUUGUCCUGUAGUUUACCACUGUCAAAUCAUUAAAAAUAC